CUGAUUCUCUUGGCAUUUUUGGAUUCGCGUGGCAAGUUCGUUCCGCAGUGUUCCCGGUCCGGUGCAGUUGUAGUUGCAUAUUCGCCAGCGAUUCAGACGCCAUCUUCCGACCCCCAACAAACCAAUCACCAUGAAGAUCUACAAGGAUAUCAUCACCGGCGACGAGAUGUUCGCCGACACCUACAAAAUGAAGCUGGUGGACGACGUGAUCUACGAGGUUUACGGCAAGCUCAUCACCCGCCAGGGCGAUGAUAUCGUAUUGGCCGGGGCCAACGCGUCCGCCGAGGAAGCCGACGAGGGCACCGAAAUCAACUCGGAGUCGGGCGUCGAUGUGGUGUUGAACCAUCGUCUGGUGGAGUGCUUUGCCUUCGGCGACAAGAAGUCCUACACCCUUUACCUGAAGGACUACAUGAAGAAGGUGCUGGCCAAGCUGGAGGAGAAGUCCCCCGACCAGGUCGACGUCUUCAAGACCAACAUGAACAAGGCCAUGAAGGACAUCCUCGGCCGCUUCAAGGAGCUUCAGUUCUUCACCGGCGAGUCGAUGGACUGCGACGGCAUGGUGGCCCUGGUGGAAUACCGCGAGAUCGGUACCGAGAGCGUUCCCGUGCUCAUGUUCUUCAAGCACGGACUCGAGGAGGAGAAGUGCUAGAUGAUCCGCCACCUUCCCCACGGAACUAUACUCAUGCAUACCUUCUACACAUAUUUAUCAGAUGCUUAGUUACAAUUUUGAAAGUCUUAAAUUUAUGUUAAACGCUGACAAAAUGCCUGUCCUCGAUCUGUGCGAUUUUAUUUCUGAUUUCUUUCGGCCGGAGCACUCAUAAAUUCGACUCAAUGUAUGUUUAUUGUUUAAAAUCACACCGAGCUAAACAACUGAAUUGCGCCAACUAUUGUAAUUAAAAUAAUAUUUUGAUAGAACAACACCUCUUAAAA